GCUAUGGUUGAAGUUCAGCUCGACGCAGGACACGAGUAUCCUCCAGGGCUCUUGAUAGCCUUCAGUGCCUGCACUACUGUGCUCGUUGCAGUUCACCUUUUUGCACUCAUGAUAAGUACCUGCAUUCUCCCGAAUAUAGAGGCUGUUAGCAAUGUGCAUAAUCUCAACUCUGUCAAGGAAUCUCCCCACGAGCGCAUGCAUCGGCACAUCGAGCUUGCCUGGGCCUUUUCCACUGUCAUUGGGACUCUGCUCUUUCUUGCAGAGGUGGUGUUACUGUGCUGGGUGAAGUUUCUUCCUUUGGAGAAGAAAAAUGAUAAUAGCCCCCAGAACAGCAGCUCUACCAUGACAUCAGGACAGGCAGCAGCCAUUGCGUCCACGUCCAUUAUGGUGCCCUUUGGAUUGAUUUUCAUUGUGUUUGCAGUGCACUUCUACCGGUCACUGGUGAGCCAUAAAACAGACAGGCAGUUCCAGGAGCUGAAUGAACUUGCAGAGUUUGCACGGCUCCAGGACCAGCUGGAUCACAGAGGUGACGCUGUCUCCUCAGCUGUUACCAACUUUGCAUAAACCUGUACUUAAAAUAAACCCUCUGUUCUGUUCUGCC